AUGGGAGAGAAAGAUCAACAUGAUCUUGACGACCAGCUGGCCCCCGUUGGCGACCACGAAAGAGGAAGACGACCAGUUUGCCUAAAGUCAACUACCCAAGAGUUUCUAUUCGUGUUAUCGACAACAAUAGCAUUUGCACAGGAAUCCUUUUUCACGGGGCUCACUGUCGGUCUUACCGCCGUUAUUGGCCAUGAUCUGGGCAUGAACAUUGCAGAAAUCACCUGGAUAAGUGCUGGUUGCUCUCUCACAAGCGGCGCCUUUCUCCUCAUGUUUGGCCGAAUCGCCGACAUAUGCGGCCGCAAAAAGCUUUUCCUUUUUGGCAUGGUGGGAUUCACCUUUGCUGUCUUGGCUGCCAGCUUUGCAUCCUCCCCCAUCUACCUGAAUGUCUUCUCGGGCGUCAUUGGGCUAUUCUCCGCCAGCGUCGUUCCACCUGCAAUCGGCAAACUUGGCGCUGUGUAUGAGACUUCUUCUGUCCGCAAAAACCGCGCCUUUGCAUGCUUCAGUGCCGGGAAUCCACUUGGGUACGUAGGAGGUAUGGUGAUAUCUGGCAUCGCGGCAGAUAUUUCAACGUGGCGGACGUCGUUCCGCGCCCUUGCCAUUCUCUAUGCAAUCUUCACUAUGGCAGGCGCCUGGGCUUUCCCACCGGACGAGAGUAAUGUACCCCUGUCUAUCGAGUCCCUGAGAGAGUUCGAUGUCAUGGGGACGGUAUUUAUCAUUGUCGGUUUUGCGUCACUGACUGCUUCUUUGUCCCUGGCAGCUGAUGCUCCACAUGGCUGGAGUACGGGAUAUGUAAUCGCACUGCUUUGCGUUGGGUCCGCCCUGCUUGUUUGUUUCGUAUGGUGGGAGUCAAGGGCGCAAUUCCCGCUAAUGCCGCUCGUUAUAUGGCAGGACCGAACAUUCUCCGCGGUGCGUAGACCAUUGCUGGAUCUGAGGGAAAUAGUGUCAACUCAAUUCGCUGACAGAACACAUUGCACGCAGGUGAUCACUGUCCAAUGCUUAGGGGAGAUGGGGUUCUCCUCCACUACAUUCUGGCUCUCCCUAUUGCUCCAGAAUGUCCGCAAAGACUCCGCCAUUAAGAUCGCCCUUGAACUGCUACCCAUGGUCAUUGGCGGCAUAGCAGUUAAUGUUGUUUGUGCUUUUAUUCUCCACAAAGUAAGCAAUCAGGUCCUAAUGGGAGUCGGCACUGUGGCAUACACAGUAGCCUUCCUCAUCCUGAGUUUUCUGAGAGAAGAGGCGUCGUACUGGGCGUUCAUCUUUCCAAGCCUGAUAUUGAUGGUCAUUGGGGUUGAUGUUCAGUACAACGUAACAAAUGUGAGUUUGUACCGGCCUGCGCCGCAUGGUGCUCCACGCGGCUGUAGCCUUUUUGGUUAA